ACUUUGGAGUUGGUAAGAUAAUUGAGUUAAAGUAACUAGGGUUUUCGCAUCACCUGUUUACCUCGGUCCAGAAAACACAGGUAGAGAUCGAGAGAGAGAUCGAAAGAGAGAGAGAGACGUUGGUAAAAGAAAAAGAUGGGAAGAGAAGCACCAAAGCAGCAGCAGCCGCCGGUUGCAUACACAGUAGAGCAGCUUGUUGCCGUAAAUCGAUAUAAUCCCGAUAUUCUUGCCGAUCUCGAAAACUAUGUCAACGAACAGGUCUCGUCGCAAACCUACAGCCUCGACGCAAAUCUCUGCCUUCUUCGCCUCUACCAGUUUGAACCGGAUAAGAUGAGUUCUCAGAUUGUAGCCCGCAUUUUGGUUAAGGCCCUUAUGGCAAUGCCAGCUCCAGAUUUCAGCCUGUGUCUCUUUUUGAUUCCUGAGCGGGUGCAAAUGGAGGAGCAGUUUAAGACACUGAUUGUUCUGUCACACUAUUUGGAGACAGGAAGGUUUCGUCAGUUCUGGGAUGAAGCAGCAAAAAAUCGUCAUAUAGUUGAUGCCGUUCCAGGAUUUGAGCAGGCAGUCCAAGGCUAUGCUAUUCAUGUCCUUUCCUUGACUUACCAAAAGGUUCCUAGAACUGUGCUUGCUGAGGCAAUCAACAUAGAAGGUUUAUCCUUGGACAAAUUCCUCGAGCACCAAGUAGCCAACUAUGGUUGGGUCAUAGAGAAGAGCCAAGGCAAGGGUCAGCUCAUUGUCCUUCCCAAAAAUGAAUUUAAUGACCCAGUUUUGAAGAAAAAUUCCUCAGAUAGUGUACCAUUGGAGCAUAUUACUCGCAUCUUUCCCAUUCUUAGUUGACUUUUCCGCAGCUGGACUACAUUUUUUAUUUAUUCCACUGGAAAUUUGAGAUCAGUUGCUACAAAAUCUAGUGGUGCGCCUUGCUUUAGUUUGAUAUUUGGUGGCUUAUAUCGUAGUUUGCUCAGAUUUUGCAUUAAUAUCGGGAGAAUUAAUUUUCUUUAAUGCGAUUAAUUAUCUACUAAAUA